CUCUUCAACCGUAACUACGAGGACCAAAUAUAUCUAACUACGUAUAGUUUGAUAUAUUUAAUUACUUUAAACUCACAUUCCGAUUACUGGAUUGCUGACGUUUCACACUCAAUUUGGUCAUCACAAUCCAGUCUAUCAAGGAUUAUCUGAAAUGUCGAAUGAAGCUACGACUAGAAACCAUCUAGAUGAUCGUUAUAAUACUCAAUUAGGCGUACGUAAAGUCAUAGCAGCUCAAUAUGCUUUCUCUAGUAGCUCAAUAACUCUACUUUCAGUCGGUAUCUUCUUGGCCUCUUUCAUAUUUGCAUUCGAUCAAGGCACAAAUAGUUACAUGACUAAUGCUGCUUUCAAUGAAAUUGGUCACAGCAGAGCUCAGUUGGCCGUCUUAGCGGCUUCUUCAAUCAUAAACGCAACUGGAAAGCCUUUCUUCGGUAAAUUACUCAAUGUCGUAGGCAGACCUGAAUCGUUAUCAAUUACAAUGCUAUGUAUGUCAAUCGGUUAUUUUAUAUCAGCCGCUAGCCCUACGAUUAUCGGUUUGAGUGUUGGUAGAUGUCUUUGGCAACUCGGCAAUAGUGGCUUCCAAAUCGCUUUACAAGUAGUUAUUGCUGAUGUUACUAACCUCAGAUAUCGUGGUCUCUUCUCAGCUAUCGCUGGAUCCGGUUGGCAGUUUAUUCUUUUUUACUUUGCAGGAAAAAUUGUCAAUAAGGCACUUUCUCCUCAUGGCGUUGGUUGGAGAGGAGUUUUCUGCAUUGAAGCUAUAUUUUUUGUCCCUGCUAUUUUGCCCAUCAUUUUAAUCUUAUUUAGAGCCCAAAAUAAAGCAAACAAAGACGGUCAAAUUAAUGUUAGAGAGACGAAGGUGCCACUUCAAGAAAAAUGUUACAAUUUCUGCAGUGAUAUUGACAUUGUUGGUCUAUAUUUCUUGCUUGGUUGGCUCGUCUACAUUUUCCUUCCUAUCGUCUUGACUGGACAAAGCUCCAUGGAAUGGGACGGAUCUACGCUACCCCUGAUGGUUAUCGUCGGUGUAACCGUAAUCUUCCCUAGUUUUAUUUAUUGGGAAUCUCACAAUGCCGUACACCCUAUACUUCCCUUACGAUUCUUGUUAAACAGGACUAUCAUCUCAACCUGCAUUAUAAACCUUUGCGAUUUCAUCUCGUUUAGUUUAUCAUUCAACACCUUAACACAAUUCAUUUACGUCGCCACCGAUUACAACGAUGCCUCUGCGCUUUACUUGACCUCAACACAGAAUCUAUGCUUGUCAUUUUUUGCUAUAGCUUUCGGAUUACUGGUGUCAAUAUAUCAAAUGAAAUGGAAAACUCCUGUAGUUAUCGCGUUAUUAGUGAGGAUGCUUGGUAAUGCAUUGAUGCUAUAUGCUCGCGAUCACCCUACUACCUUUGCAUUGGUCAUGACUCAAAUCCUUCAAGGUGCCGGUGGAGGUGUCGCAUCUGCUGCCACACAAGUCGGAGCUCAAGGAAGUGUUCCACAUCAAGAUCUCUCGUUGUCAGUUUCUGUUAUACUCCUGUUUGCUGAAAUCGGAUCAGUUAUAGGGUCAUCAAUCUCAAGUGCACUCAAUACUGCUUACCUUGUUAGUUUCAUAUCUGAACAAUUCCCCGAAUGGAGUUUAGAAAAAGCGACUAAAUUUGCAGAUUCCCCUCAAUUAGCAAGAAAAUUGGGUGAACUUACCUCAACCGAUCGUAUGAAGCUUACAAAAGCUUUUUCAAAUAAUAUGCGUUUACAGAAUAUACCAGCCGUAGUUAUAUCACUUAUUCCAAUAUUCGUCGCUUUAUUCUUCCUAGAUGAUUUCAAAUUAGAUAAACGUAAGAAUGUCGUUGAAAAUUACGAUGAAGUUCAUGAAAGCAAUGAUGAAGAAAGCGCUUUGUUGGAUUAUAGUGAUAGCGAUUCACAUAGUCAACACCAACAACAUUCACAUAAUUCCACUAAUGACACUUUGCAUGAUAGGAAAACUAAAUCGAGAAAUAGUUCGCGACGUUUUGCCUCCUAACGAUAUUUAAUCAAUAACC